GCCGCGCCGGAAGAGAAGCGCGUCUCCUCAGGGCCCGCCAUCUUGUGCGGCAGCGAGCAGGGCGCGGGGGGCCCCGGUAGCAUCCGCGCAGGAUCCCGCCGACGGGGGCCCAUCAUGCCCGGACACCUGCAGGAGGGCUUCGGGUGCGUCGUCACCAACCGCUUCGAUCAGCUCUUCGAUGACGAGUCCGACCCCUUCGAGGUGCUGCGCGCGGCGGAGAGCCGGAGGAAGGAGAGCGGCGGCGGCGGCGGCGGGAGUCAAGCGGGCGGCGGGGCCCGCGGCCCGGCGGGCGCCCAGAGCGGCUCCUCGGGUGGGGCUGGCGGCGCAGGCCAGGCGGGCGGCGGCGCGGGCAGUGCGGCCAAGCAGCUGCGCAGGGAGUCGCAGAAGGAGCGCAAGAACCCGCUGCCGCCCUUCGCCGGCGGGGACCGCCGGGAGGAUGGCGGGGGCCAGCCCGGAGCGCCGCUGCGGAAGGAGGGGAUAAGGAGGAUUGGCAGGAGGCCCGAUCAGCAGCAGCAGCAACAGCAGCAGGGGGAAGGCAAACCCAUCGACAGGAGACCCGAGCGACGACCUCCCCGCGAGCGCCGCUUCGAGAAACCCGCCGAGGAGAAGGGCGAGGGAGGAGAGUUCUCUGUGGAUAAACCCAUCCUGGACCGACCCAUGCGUGGACGUGGAGGACUGGGCCGGGGCCGUGGCCGCGGGCGCGGGAUGGGCCGAGGAGAUGGGUUUGACUCUCGUGGCAAACGGGAAUUUGACAGACACAGUGGCAGCGAUAGAUCUUCUGUUUCACAUUCACAUUUCAGCGGCCUAAAGCACGAGGACAAGCGCGGUGGCAGCGGAUCACACAACUGGGGAACCGUCAAAGACGAGCUAACUGAAUUGGAUCAGUCAGCUGUAACUGAGGAAACGCCAGAGGGAGAGGAGCAUCCGCCUGCUGAUUCUGAAAAUAAAGAGAAUGAGGUUGAAGAAGUUAAGGAAGAAGGCCCCAAGGAAAUGACCCUGGAUGAGUGGAAAGCCAUUCAAAGUAAGGAUCGUGCAAAAGUCGAGUUCAACAUCCGCAAACCAAACGAGGGAGCUGAUGGGCAAUGGAAAAAAGGAUUUGUGCUCCACAAGUCAAAGAGUGAGGAGACAAAGGCGAUGACAGAAAUGCAGGGGAGUCUGCUGGAUUCAAAUGAGGCUCAUGCUGAGGACUCGGUAAUGGAUCACCACUUCCGCAAGCCCGCCAACGACAUCACAUCCCAGCUGGAGAUCAACUUUGGAGACCUGGGCCGCCCCGGCCGCGGCGGCAGAGGGGGCCGGGGGGGCCGAGGGCGUGGGGGCAGGGCCAGCCGUGGAGGCAGAACUGACAAGUUGGUCAAGGAGUUUGAUGUGAUCCACACGCCCAACCAGUCAAGUGCUUCUGCUCCUGAUGUAGAUGACCCAGAGGCUUUCCCAGCUCUGUCCUAAACUGGAUGUCAUAAAGCCAACCCUGCCCUGGUCGGGCCUUCCUCUCCGAGGCUUGCAUGCUUAAGGAUCCUAAAACAACUAAGAAAUUGAAAAAAAACACAAACAAACAAAAAAAACAAAAAAAGAGACUGUCAUUCAUACCAUUCACACCUAAAGACUGAAUUUUAUCUGUUUUGAAAAUGAACUUCUCUCGCUACACAGAAGCAACAAUAUGGUAGUCAAGUUUUGUAUUUAGAAAUGUAAUGGUAGCAGGGAUGUUUUCAUAAUUUUUUCAGAGAUUAUGCAUUCUUCAUGGAUACUUUUUUGUAUUGCUGCUUGAAAAUAUGCGUUUCCAAACUUGAAAUAUAGGUGUGAACAGUGUGUACCAGUUAAAA